CGCCGCUGACGCCAUCUCCGCGCGCCCAUGACGUCACCGCCGCGCGCCGCCGACAUCGUACCCACACGCGAGCCGGUACGGCGUGCGCGGCCGGCCAUGGCGCUGUUCCACGUCGCGCGGUACCCGGGCCCCGAGGAGGCGGCGGCGGCGGCGAAAGAAGAGACCGGGGCGAGCGAGCGGGCCCGCGCGCUGCUGGAGCGGCUGCAGACCCGGGCCCGCGAGCGGCAGCAGCGGCAGCCCGCGCCUUCUGAGGCGGACGCGCCCUCUGAGGCGUCGGGCAGGCGGCGGCGGCGGCCCCGGAGGCGGCGGCGCGGGAGCCCGGAGGCGCCGGGGAGCCCCGAGGCGCCGCGGGGGAAGCGGCGGAGGGCGGAUGGCGAGCACGCGGACGCAGGUGCCGGGGCGGGCGCGGGUGGGCCGGGCUCCCCUCCGGAGCGCCGGCGCCGGGGGCUGACGCCUCGACCCGGCCCGGGUUUGCUCCGCGCAGGGAGCGGCGAGGAGGCGCCCGGGGAGCGCGGCGGGCGCGCCGAGGCGGCUCCGGACGGACGGCCGGCGGAGGAGGCGGCCGAGCCCGCGGCCCCCGCCCUGGUGCUGGGGGGCUUCGGGAGGAUGAAGAGGUCGAAGGUCCAGCCUUUUCUGCCAGCGUGGUUGGCUGAGCCGAGCCGUGUCAGAAAGGACAUCGCUGAAGGCCUCGUGCCCAUCGAGGACAUCCCCGAGGUCCACCCUGACCUGCAGAGGCAGCUGCGGGCACAGGGCAUCUCCUCCUACUUCCCAGUCCAGGCCGCCGUGAUCCCUGCCCUCCUGGAGAGCGCGGCCGGCGGGUUUCUGGUGGGCAGAGGCGGCUACCGGCCCAGGGACCUCUGCGUCUCUGCCCCCACGGGCAGCGGGAAGACGCUGGCCUUCGUCAUCCCGGUGGUGCAGGCCCUGCUGCGGCGAGUGGUCUGCCGCGUCCGCGCCCUGGUUGUGCUGCCUACCAAGGAGCUGGCCCAGCAGGUGAGCAAAGUGUUCAACGUCUACACAGACACCACACCUCUGCGUGUUGCCCUGGUUACGGGACAGAAGACUCUGGCCAAGGAGCAGGAGAGCCUCGUGCAGAAGACGGCAGAUGGCUAUCGCUGCCUGGCCGACAUCGUGGUGGCCACCCCUGGCCGCCUGGUGGACCACAUCGACCAGACCCCGGGAUUCAGCCUCCAGCAGCUCCGCUUCCUGGUCGUGGACGAGGCCGACCGCAUGGUGGACAGCAUGCACCAGUCCUGGCUGCCCCGGGUGGUGGCCGCCGCCUUCCAGAGCGCGGGCCCCAGGGAGCCCUGCGCCCUGCUGCAGAGGAGGCAGCUCCAGGCCGAGACGGCCGCCAGCACCUGCUGUCCGCAGAUGCCCCUGCAGAAGCUGCUCUUCUCCGCGACUCUGACCCAGAACCCCGAAAAGCUGCAGCAGCUGGGCCUCCACCAGCCCCGGCUUUUCUCCGUGGGUGCGGCUCACGGGGGCCCCAAAGACGCCGAGGGGGAAGCGGGAGGGAAGUACGCCUUCCCCGAGGGGCUCACGCACCACUACGUGCCCUGCCGCCUCCGCACCAAGCCACUGCUCGUGCUGCACCUGGUCCUCAAGAUGGGCUUCUCCAGGGUCCUCUGCUUCACCAACUCCCGGGAGAACUCGCACAGGCUCUUCCUGCUGGUGCGAGCGUUCGGAGGCGUGGACGUGGCCGAGUUCUCCUCCCGCCUGGGGCCCGGGCAGAGGAGGGCCAUCCUGAAGCAGUUUGAACAGGGGAAGAUCCAGCUCCUCAUCAGCACGGACGCUACCGCCCGCGGCAUUGACGUGCGGGGCGUGGAGCUGGUGGUCAACUACGACGCCCCCCAGUACCUGAGGACCUACGUGCACCGGGUCGGGAGGACGGCCCGGGCUGGGCACGCCGGACAAGCCUUCACGCUGCUCCUCAAGGUGCAGGAGCGGAGGUUUGGCCAGAUGCUGACAGAAGGCGGGGUGCCCGCGCUGGAGCGGCGGGAGCUCCCCAGCAGGCUGCUGCAGCCGCUGGUCCCUCGCUACGAGGAGGCCUUGGCCCAGCUGGAGAGGACGGUCAAGGAAGAGUGGAAGCAGAAGGUGGCCUAGGCUGGGGCUUGGAGGACCAGAGGGACCGCCGUGGGGCCAGUGCCUUCGCCUCCUUCCCCAAGCAGUGGAUGUCGUGCGUGAGAAAGACGGGAAUUCUUCAGGGCUUCUGCGCACGCAGCCAUGGACACAGCCUUGCCCACGCUCCUCCACCGGAGCCUGGAAGUCGGCUCAGGAGCUCGGCCCAGGCCCGAGACUUCACGGCUUGUUGCCUUUAAACCUGAGGCUGCAGAAGCCCACCCUGAGAACAGCGUUGAAGUUGUGCACACUGCCCGGACACACCCGCACCUGCCACGUUUCGGCCAUGAACUGGGCCUGCAGCAACAGGGUGGG